AUGUCUAGGUUGUGUUCGUCUUUACUUCACUUUGAGCUUCCUCACAGACCAUGUCGAAUCCAUUUUUCAGGCAACCCAACAUGCCGGAAUUCUUUCCGGAAUCUGAUGAUCAGUUCCCUUUCCAACUCUCUGAUUACCUUGUGCUUGAAGAAGGGUCAGAUGACUCUUCUGGUUUGAAGUCUCCAGAAGAUUUGUGCCCGAGCAAUGAUAUGCAGUUCAAAACGCCGGCUUGCUUGCCAGAAUCCGGUGCAAAUUCCGGCCAGGGUGUUAGUGACAGUAGCAAUAGCAAGUUAGGAACCAAGAAAUUGAAGAAGAUGAAAGUGGAAAAUGGAGUGAGGGUUGCUUUUAGGACUCAAUCCGAUGUUGAAAUAUUGGAUGAUGGCUAUAGAUGGAGGAAAUAUGGGAAGAAAUCAGUUAAAAACAGCCCAAAUCCAAGGAACUACUACCGGUGCUCUAAUGGAGGGUGCCCUGUGAAGAAAAAAGUAGAGAGAGAUGCAAAAGACUCAGCCUUUGUCAUCACAAGCUAUGAAGGCAGACACAAUCACACCUGCCCCUGUGUCAUUUACUAUACUGCUCCUCAGCCCUUCCUAGACUAUGCCUCUUCUCCUGAAAUGCAUUUGCUCAUGCAAAGUGCAGUGGCCUUCCAAGGUCCUUACGUGAUCACCUAGCACACAACACCACACAUUGUUUCUCUCUCUAGAAACAUGCUUUGCUUUUCUUCCCUCUCUAGAUCUAAUAAUGAAUUGGAUGGUUGCUCUCUCUCUCUCUAGAAUUUUAUAUUUAAAACCAUCUGAUUGUGACGUAAUUACAUCAUAGUAAGUAAUGUUUUUAUGUCUUGGUAGUGUCAAAAUAUUUAUGGCUUGGUACCACUUAUAAAAUGUUGGCAUUCUUAUGCCCUUUAUGCA